AUGGAACUGGACGAGGUUAAUUGGGAUAAUCAAGUUUGGCAUAAGGGACCAUAUUUUGACGGAAAGGGCAACGAGAUUUUGCGGGGCAAACAAAAAUUGACAUAUCAUCGGAGCCCGUUUGCCAAUUUCUAUUACGUCGUCAUCAAUGGAAAAUGGGAUCAUUUUAAAGAAGGCGAUUUUCUCAACGCGUUUUGGGCAUGGCACGAUUUGGCGUCGUUUCUGAUCGCGUUGGCUGUUUUCACGGCAUUCUGGUCACUCGUCACAUUCCUACUAAUUAAUUUUCAGCAAAGCUGGUACGUCGAAGGACUUGGAAUGGUCUCGUUGCUCGUCGAGGCGAGUUUGGGUCUUCCUCAAUUGUUGAGGAAUUUCCAACGCAAAUCGACGCAGGGAAUGAGUAUUCCGAUGGUGUUGGCAUGGCUUGCUGGAGAUUUGGCCAAGACGGGUUAUUUCGUGGCGACUGGUAGUCCAGUUCAAUUUUGGGUCUGCGCAAUUCUACAGAUAUCGAUCGACAUCUUCAUUCUCGGUCAGGUGUUCGUGUACAGGAACAACACGAGUGCCGAUUUGCCGUUCACCGAACCGGUAUCGGAAGUUCAGCCGGCGAUCGAAUAG